AUGAAGCGUUGUGCCAAAGUAUUCGCUGUCGUUUUUUUGAUUUUCGUUAGUGUGGCAAGUGUCAUAAAACUGUGUUUUUGUUUCUGGACCGGCCUGCUUGAUGGGCGCGAUUCCGAGGAAGUCGACGUUUGGCUGGAAGAGAACCACCUGGAGAACUUCAAGGAUUUGUUGGUGCAGAGAGGCAUAUCCCAACUGGCCCAAUGCGGCCAAUUGGGCGACCUGCCAGAACUCCCCGCUCCCGACGAACAACGUCUCCAGAAGGCGGCUGCCUUGCUGCAACAACGCCUUGUCCUUCGUCAGUGGCUCACCAAACACAACCUCCAGCAUUACUACCCGCGCCUCCUUAACCUCGAAGUGACCAGUCUCGAAGACGUCUACUGGCUAGAAGACACCAAAGCGAAGUCCAUCUUGCAGAAAGACUUCCCGAGGUGGUCGUCCGCGCGACAGUCCCUCCCUACGUCCAAGGUGCUGUUGGAAACGUUAAAAGCAGACCUUUGGUCCGAGGUUGUCAAGUCCAGUAGUCACCAGGACGCUUGGACAUGGGGAGGCAUGUUGGUCGUUUCUGUUUCGGUUGCCGGUUUGGUGACGCUAGCAGCGAUGACCCAACCGUCGUUGGCUCCCGAAGCCAAACAUUCUCUGUUGCAGUAUGUGACGGGGAAGUACCUGUUGCCGUCGAAUUGCAAGGUGAUUUUCCAUUGGUCCGAUCCCCAUUCCGUAGGGCACACGGUGUGCUUCACUGUACAGUUCUACCAACGUAAUGGACAGCCUUAUCCGAUCUGUGAUACAGACAAUUUUGUCGUUGACGUUUCCGAGGGUACCAGGAAGAUGGUGGUUAUGACAGAGCUGGGCUCGCCCACCGACCCCAAUAGUGGCAAUAUUGCAAAAGUUAAGUUCACAGUACGACACGCAGGCCAGUACAGGAUUAGUAUAAUGGUGAGCAACCAACAUGUAGCUGGAAGUCCUUUCAUGAGAACGUUCGUUGCUGGACCUGCCUACGCCCAACGGACUGUAGUGGUAAGGCACUGUAGUACAGUCGUCUGUACUGCAAGCGUCGCCCAUUUGUUGUACAUAGAACCGCGAGACGAAUACGGGAACAUUUGUGGCUACACGUCUGAAGAGGAUCCGACGGAGGGUUAUACAGUACACAUCACACAAUUAGGGACUUAUUCUAAAGAGUCAAAUUUGGACAUCGACGACAAUAAUUUUACGUCAGCUUUAGAUUACGACUGGCAAAGUCAACGAGUAAGCCUACAGCUUAAGUUUAUCUACGAGGGGUGCUACCACACCACUAUUAAAUAUAAAGGGACGGAACUACAUAACGGUGAUUUUGACAUCAUAGUUCUUAAUAGUAUAGAUUCUACUCUAGUCCAUAAGAACGUAGCAUCGAAGAAUCACAACAUUUGUUACGAGGCUAAAUUGAUAGGUGUUAAUGGAGACAGAUUACAGAAGCCUAAAAAAAUCAUGUGUUACGUUUCACCGAAGCAGCUGAUCAUUAAAGAACUCAUCUUGAAAUUCAUUCCUAAGAGAUUAUACACGUUUCGACUGUGUCCUUCCACUAAGUUCAGUUUCCAAACCGACAGUCCGUCGAAAGCCCUGGACAACUCCACCGGCUUCUUCACCGUGGACGACGGCUGCCAACCUAAAAUCGAACUCCUCUCCCGCGAACGCAACGUAAUAGCAGCCACUUUCGCGCAGUUCCUGCUGAAGAACAUGGGCGGCUCCGAAACCUUCAAAGACAAGCAAGACUUCUUCUAUCACGAAGUGCGCAAGUACCACCAGAAGCACUACCACGAAAAACUCUCCAUGAAAGUCAACCGCGAAAAACUCCUGGAGACUAGCAUGAAAGCCACCAAGAACUUUUCGGUAGGCGAGUGGUGUAGGAAUUUCGAAAUCACGUUUCAAGGGGAACAAGGUAUCGACUGGGGCGGGUUGCGACGAGAGUGGUUCGAACUUAUUUGUGCCCAGUUGUUUGACGCGAAACAUGGGUUGUUCACGAGCUUCCAUGAAGGGCAACAAUCGUUGGUACACCCGAACCCGAACCGUCCGAGUCACCUGAAGUUGCGUCACUACGAAUUCGCCGGAAAAGUAGUCGGGAAAUGCUUGUACGAAAGCGCUCUGGGAGGGUCGUACCGACAACUGGUUCGUGCCCGUUUUACGAGAUCUUUCCUGGCACAAGUAAUCGGGCUUCGGGUUCACUACAAAUACUUCGAACAGGACGAUCCGGAUCUAUACCUUUCAAAAAUCAAGUACCUUUUGGAGAACGACAUCGACCAAAUCGACACCGAGUUGUACUUUGUUGAAGAGCAGUACGACACGUCUGGUCAAUUACUCAAAACAGUCGAACUAAUCCCCAACGGUUCUAAAAUCCGGGUUCGCAAUUCUACGAAACUUCAGUACUUGGACGCGUUAGCACAGUACCGUUUAGCCACUAGCAUCAAAGACGAAAUGGAAUCGUUCCUCAAGGGCUUGAACGAGCUCAUUCCAGACAAUCUUUUGAGUAUUUUCGACGAAAACGAACUAGAAUUGUUGCUGUGCGGGACAGGGCAGUACAGCAUAGCCGAUUUUAAACUCCACCACGUGAUUAACGGGAAUUCUGCAGAGUUUCGCAGGAUUGUAGGUUGGUUCUGGGCAGCUAUUGGGAAUUUCACGCAGGAGGAAAUGGCCAGGCUGUUACAAUUUACCACUGGGUGUUCUCAGCUACCGCCAGGGGGCUUCAAGGAGCUCACUCCUAAGUUUCAGAUUACAGCAGCGCCGACGUUCGGGAAUCUUCCAACGGCACACACUUGUUUCAAUCAGCUUUGUUUACCAGAUUAUGACUGCUAUGAACAUUUUGAGAAGUCGCUACUUUUGGCCAUCAGCGAAGGGACGGAAGGAUUCGGAAUGGUGUGAACAAAAAUCUGCGUUUAUGAAUCUCGUUUUCUAGAUUUUUUGUUUUCAUUAUUGAUAUUGUCAUCGCUGAUACAAAACUGCAACGUAUUAUUAAAAGUGACAUAAUGAUAUGCAAUGUGGAAAAAUCGGUAUGAGUAGGGAGCACGAGUGCAGCUAGUUUUACGAAAUUUUCUAUUUUUAAUUUAAUUUUUAAAUAGUAACCUGUCAUUUUUUUAUCAAUUUGUGAAAAAAAUUACAAUUUUGUACGAAUAUAAAAUCACCUCUAAUUUGUCAGAUUUGUAAAACUCGUGCUCGAAUUCUGUCCCCUAUUUGCAAGCGAGGAGUACUGUAUCUGUAAAAUAAUCAAAGUAUGAACAACUAUAGUGUACAGAUUGUGAUAAUAUUGUAAAACCGUGUUCAUUAAACUAUUGAUUUAGGUUAGGCUGUGCAGUUAUAAUGCUUUUUAGGACUAGAGCUUAUACUUUUAAGCAAUAUUUAAAGAAAUCUUAACUAUUGCACUUCUUUAUUUUAUUACAAGCGAUUAUGUACUUCAUUAAGUUCUGAGUACCUGAAUGUAUAAUUUUCAUUUUAUACUAGUAUUAUCUAGUCUAGUUUUUUCGUUUACAGUUGUGUUUUUUAACAACGAUCUGAUUAUAUUAUUAAAUAGAAGCAAUGAAGAUCUCGUAUCUACUGUAAUAUUUGUAUUUUUCUUGGGACCAGCGAGUUUCAAACUUAGUAGUGCUUACAGGAUCAGAUGACAAUAGUUUUAAAACGCCUUGUAGUCAGUAAGAUUGCAUCCAGUGAUUUGCUGUAGCAUUUUAUAAACCAUACCUUCUCCAUUUAAUAGCCAAUUAAAUUUUAAUCAUAGAACGAGUCUUAUAUUACUCGUAGUUUACAAAGUUAGGUUUGGCUGAGUAUACGAUGUACAUACGAAAAGAGAAGAGUUAUUAUUGACAGCCACCCUAUAUCCAGAGUGUAUAAAUCCUUGAAUAAAACCCAAAAAACGA